AGAUGUCCUCCCAAGUCAUACUGAGGCUGCUGCCCAGAGCCAGAUGCAUGUUUGAUGAGCCUGUUCAGGUGAUGGUGUCCAGGCUGAGGGCGAGACAGGUGGUCACCAUGAGAGCCAGGUCAACUGACGAAAAAGGAGUGGAGUUCAGCUCCUCGGCCACCUACAAGGCUGAUGGGAACGGGGAGAUCAACCUGGGGAGAGACCCCUCACUCAGCGGGAGCUACGUCGGGGUUGAACCUAUGGGUCUGCUGUGGUCGAUGAGGGCAGAUGUCUUGCACAAAAGGUUCCAAGAGACCAGAUCUGGGGCCUGUUUGUCAGGUGACACACUGACCCUUCUGGAGCCACCGGAAGAUGAUCCGUUUACCUUUUUGUUAGGAUUUAAUUACUAUAUGAUGGCUUUACUAUCAUUUCCAUCAUUUGAAUGCAAUAAAAAUGUCUCUUUAAUGUGUCCUCAUGUGUCUUUUGGUCCAGGAGGAGGUCUGUUCCCUGCUGUGUUGGAUCUGUACACUUUUGGUGGAGGUUUGUCAGAGAAAAGGGCCUCUCUGUUGGCCAGCCGUGGAUUUGUGGUUCUGACUGUAGCCCUGUACGGUCAUGAUGACAUGGCGAGGAACAUCACAGAGGUCCAUCUGGAUUAUUUUGAAGAAGCAAUUGAGUUUUUAAGAAAACAAGACAAGGUGGGCAGUAAAGGAGUUGGUGUAAUAUCAAUUUCAAAAAGUGCAGAUCUUGCACUAUUAAUAGCCUCUUACCUGCCAGAUGUCGAGGCCACAGUGUGGAUAAAUGGCUGCUGUGCUAAUACACUUCUACCCCUUUACUAUAAGAAGAACCAAAUCCAGGGGCAGCACGGUGGUGUGGUGGUUAGCACUGUCGCCUCACAGCAAGAGGGUUGCCGGUUCGAUCCCGGGUGUGGGAGCCCUUCUGUGCGGAGUUUGCAUGUUCUCCCCGUGUCAGCGUGGGUUCUCUCCGGGCACUCCGGCUUCCUCCCACAGUCCAAAGACAUGCAGAUUGGG